AUGAAGUUGAACCCCGCAAAAUGUGCAUUUGGCGUGGCCUCGGGCAAGUUCUUGGGCUUCAUGAUCACUCAUCGGGGGAUAGAGGCCAACCCUGACAAAAUACAAGCAUUAGCAUCUAUGGAAUCACCAAGGAACAAGAAAGAGGUACAGAGGUUGACUGGUAGGAUAGCAGCCUUGAACAGGUUCAUGUCCCGAGCAUCAGACAGGUGCUAUCCCUUCUUCAAAGUCCUCAGAGGAAACCAAGGCUUUGAUUGGAGUGAAGACUGUGAGAAAGCUCUUCAGGAGCUCAAACAGACAUUAGCAUCUCCUCCAAUUCUAACUAAGCCUGAGCCAGGUGACACCUUAUUUUUGUACCUGGCUGUAUCUCAAAAUGCGGUCAGCGGGGUCUUGGUAAAAGAGGUUAACAAAGUCCAACAACCGAUCUACUAUGUAAGCAAGGUCCUACUAGAUGCGGAAACAAGGUAUACUUUGGCGGAACAACUUACCCUUGCCUUGGUUAUAGCAGCACGGAAACUGUGGCAGUACUUUCAGUCUAACCCUAUUGUGGUGCUCACUAAUCAACCACUUAGGCACAUACUUCAAAAGCCAGACGUAUCAGGAAGACUGAUGAAAUGGGCAAUCGAGCUUGGAGAAUUUGACAUAGAAUUCAAACCACGCCCAUCUAUCAAAGCCCAAGCUCUAGCCGACUUCAUUGCAGAACUAACCCCUAGGCCUCGGGGGCCAGGUGACAGCUCGAGCAUGAGCACUAAUUUGGACACUUGGCAAAUUUUUGUGGAUGGAGCAUCGAACUCCUCGGGCUCGGGCGCAGGGGUCAUCAUCAUCAGCCCUGACAAACAAACAGAGAUCCAAUGCGCUCUCAGGUUCGAGUUUGAAGCAACCAACAACGAGGCUGAGUAUGAGGCCGUCGUUAUUGCUCUUGAGCUAGCCCGUUGCCUAGAGCUCGAGUUCGUAAAGAUAUUCAGCGAUUCACAGCUAGUGGUCGGACAGAUUGAAGAAUCAUUUGAAAGAAAGGAGGAGAAAAUAAGUUUGUACUGUAUGAAGGUUCAGGAUCUUCAACGAAAAUUCAAGAGCUGUGAAAUUACAAAAAUUGCUCGAAAGGACAACGGAAAAGCUGACGCACUAUCCAAGCUUGUGUUCAUGGGGAUAGACGGCCUUGACAGAACGGUUCACAUUAAAAUCAUCACAGAACCCAGCAUCAGUCAAAUCCUCGACAUCAUGGACAUUGACAAUGAACCAUCCUGGAUGGACCCGAUCAUAGAAUUCAUCACAAACAGAAAUCUACCAAGCGAUGCCAGGUUGGCCAGAAGCAUCAGAGCCCGAGCUCCUAGGUACUGCAUGAUCAGCGGUAUCCUUUUUCGCAGAAGUAUUACUCUUCCGUACCUAAGGUGUCUUAGGCCAUCAGAAUCAUCCCAGGCCCUUGCUGAAUUUCAUGAAGGUGUGUGCGGGAAUCAUCAAGGAGCCAGGGCCUUGGCCUUUAAACUCGUACGAUAUGGAUACUACUGGCCAACUAUGAAAAAAGACGCCUCAGAAUAUGUUAAAAAUUGUGAUAAGUGCUAG